GCCAUGUCUGUGAGGUUGCGCUUCCUGUCUCCUGGGGAUGCUGGGGCUGUGGGGACCGUGGGCCGCAGCGCCUCCUUCGCUGGCUUCAGCGCACAAAGCCGGAGGGUCUCAAAGUCCAUCAACAGGAACUCUGUGAGGUCUCGGCUGCCGGCCAAGUCCUCCAAGGCUUAUGGAACACUGCACAAGGGCUCGCUCUGCCUGGACCCCCGGCCGCAGCAGGUGAAGAAGAUCUUUGAUGCUUUGAAGAGAGGCCUCAGGGAACACCUGUGUGAGCAGCAGGCCGAGCUGGAUUACCUGUGUGGACGACACACGGACACCCAGAGGAGCUCCCGGCUGGCUUUCUACUAUGACCUGGACAAGCAAACGCGCUUGGUGGAGAGACACAUCCGGAAGGUGGAGUUCCACAUCAGCAAGGUGGAUGAGCUCUAUGAAGGCUAUUGUAUCCAGUGGCGUCUGCGAGAUGGCGCCUCCAACAUGCAGCGUGCCUUCAGCAACAGCACCCAGAGUCGCGCGUCCCGUGAGAGCCUGCAGGAGCUGGGCCGCAGCCUCCAGGAGUGCAUGGAGGACAUGUGUCUCAUAGAGGGGGCCUUGGAAGUUCACCUGGGCGAGUUCCAUGUCAGAAUGAAAGGCUUGGUGGGCUAUGCACGCCUCUGUCCCGGAGACCAGUAUGAGGUGCUCAUGCGCCUGGGCCGUCAGCGGUGGAGGCUAAAGGGCCGGAUAGAACCAGAUGACAGCCAGACCUGGGAUGAGGAGGAGAAGGCCUUUGUGCCCACAGUGCAUGAGAACCUUGAGAUCAAGGUAACCGAGCUUCGAGGCCUGAGCUCGAUGGUGGUGGGUGCUGUGACAUGCGACAUUGCCGACUUCUUCACAGCCCGACCGCAGCUUGUGGUGGUGGACAUCACUGAGUUGGGCACCAUCAAGCUGCAGCUGGAACUGCAGUGGAACCCCUUGGACUCUGAGUGCCGACUGAUGUCACCCAGCCCCACUGGCAGAUUCUCCAUGGGCAGCAGGAAGGGCUCCCUGUACACCUGGACACCACCCAGCACCCCCAGUUUCCGGGACAAAUACUACCUGUCUGUCCUCCGGCAGCCAACGCAGCAGGCCUUGCUGCUAGGUGGGCCCAGGGCCACCUCCAUCCUCGGCUACCUGUCUGACAAUGAGCUCCAGGGCCCCCGCCUGCGGAGCCAGAGCCAGGAGCUACUCGAGAUGGACUCCUUCAGCUCUGAGGACCCCAGAGACACUGAGACCAGCACUUCAGCAUCCACCUCAGAUGUGGGGUUCCUGUCCAUGCCUGUGGUACCCACAGCUUGCAUAGAAGAGGGGACCAGGGAGGAGCCCCCACCCUUGGGCCUGCUGCCAGGCCUGGCUCAUCCAGUCGGGGGUGUGCUUGUGGAACAGCCUGGCUGGAGGGACUUGGGAGGAGAGAGGCUGGCCCUGCAGCAAGAUGACCCAGUCCACAGCCGUGUGGUGCCGCGGAGCCGGAGCCGGAAGGGCCAGGAGGAAGGAGAUGGGGACGGAGUAGAGAGGCCUGUGCAGGAGGUCCUGGACCUGCUGCGGUCUGCAGACCCUGCACAGCCCCAGCUCCGGGAGCUGGAAUACCAAGUCCUCGGCUUCAGGGACCGGCUGAAGCCCCGAGGGGUGCGGCCGGAAGCUGUGUCAGUACAGAGCCUGAUGGACUGUAUCCUCGAGAGCUUUGCCUUUCUGAAUACUGACCUUGCCAGUGACGAGCUGUCCUUGUUUGGGGGCUCCCAGGCUCCUGAGAGGGACAGCCCCCCGCCCCCUCGGCCAUCACUGAAGGUGUCAUCCAGUGAGCUCACAGCUGGUGCCCCUGAGCUGGACACACUGCUCACCGUCCACCUUCAAGUCUGCAAAGCCUUGCUUCAGAAACUGGCCUCCCCUAACUUGUCAACAAUGGUCCAGGACUGCCUGCUGGAGGAAGCAGGGCAGCAAAGGCAGGUACUGGAAGUGCUUUCAGACCUUGACUUUGAGCAGGUCAGCAAGGCCAGGUCGGUUGAAGAGAUCAUCCCACAGGUUCCUCACAGGAAGGGUGGCUUGGCAUUGUGGCAAGGGUGCACACAGCCUGGCGGAGUCCUGGCUUGCCCUUCCUCCACACUCCUCAGCCAGCUCAAGAAGACGUUCCUACAUCGAGUCCGAGGGAAGUACCCAGGCCAGCUGGAAAUAGUGUGUCGCAGGCUCCUGGAGCAGGUGGUCGGCUGUGGCGGGCUGUUGGCCACAGCGGGGCUCCAGGAAGAGCAGAUGGUCACCUGGUUCCAGUUCCAUAGCUACCUGCAGAGGCAGAACGUCUCUGACCUGGAGAAACACCUCGCCCAGCUCACCAAGGAAGUUACUCUCACCGAGGAGCUUCAGUGUGCAGGCCCAGCCAAGGCCUUGAGGAAGCUGCACGGGAAACGUCUGGGCCAGCUGCAGCCCCUGCCCCAGACGCUUCAGGCUUGGGCACUGCUGCAGCUGGAUGGACCCCCGAGGCUCUGCAGGGCUGCCAGAGCACGUCUGGCCAGCGCGGCCAGGAAUAGAAGCUUCCGGGAAAAGGCUCUGUUGUACUACACCAAUGCCCUGAACGACAGUGACGCCAAGCUCCAGCAGGCAGCAUGCACCGCCCUGCAGCAGCUUGGGGGCAUCGAAAGCAUUGACCAGAUCGCCAGCCUGUGUCGGUCUGACCUGGAGGCCGUGCGAGUCACCGCUCGGGAAGCAACCCUGUCAUUUGGUGAGAAAGGCCGCCUAGCUUUUGAGAAGAUGGACAAACUCCACUCAGAACAAGCAAUCUGCCAGGAAGCAGAUGUUGAAAUCACAAUUUUCUAAGACGCUGUGAUCAAUGAGCUCCAAUCCAGUACCGUUCUAACUUGACGCUGUCCAGCUUCCAAAGUGCCCAAGCUUUGGACUGAGCACCUCAGGCACCCCCUCACAAGUGUGGGCUGGUCAGGAUGACUACCUGAGGUUUGGGUCAGUACCUAGCCCAAGGGCACAGUGGUGUAUUCACAGAGCAGGAGGAAGUGGUUUGUGGGACCUCUAAGGCUGUGGCCUCCCCAAGUGCUGUUCUCGCCCGCCUUGCCUUCCUGGGGUGCAGCGCCAGGGGCAGCUGGCACUGGCUGAGGAUCAAGGGUCCAAGACAAGAUGAAGCUCCAAGACAGACAUGCAUGGAUUGUGAGCUCCCUGCACACACUGAGCGGGGGCAGAACUGGUCUGAUAAACACAGGCUGAGAGCUAGCUGGUGGACAGGCCCACUUCCAGCACAUGCCAACCUGAGGCCCAUUAGAUGAAUUGCUUCAGAAGCCAGAGCUGAGGUGGUUUUCAUUGAGGCUAUGGGUUUCCUACUUCAGCAAAUAAAACACUCAAAACGGCAUCUGAGAUGCUCAUGAGGGGCCGAGUGGCUCUUGGGCUGACUUAGACCCCUCCCCACCCCCCAUUUAAUAGUUGCAUGGACCAUGUGUGCUGACUUAUUUUGGUAUUUAUUUCAUGCCCCCAUUCAUGUCCAUUUUCUGAAAUCUCAAUUAAAAACUCUGUAGUGUAUGGUUACCAAGUAGAUAAGGUUAUGUCUAUAUAGCCACACAGAAGAGCGUGGCCAGGGCCACAGGGCUCUGCAGGACCCAUUGAGGACCCUCCCUACACUCUUGAUUCCCAAGGCUCAUGGCAGGCUGCCCUACUCUGGGGACACUUUGAGGACACCCCAGGCCUUUGCCAAGCCUUUGCCCCACUGGAUCCGUCCCAGUUACACGUUCUGCUGCUGUUCUCUGUGAAGCUCAGACACUAUUUUUCACACCUGAAGCUUUCAGUUGUGACAGUGGGCACUGCACUUCCAUUGUUCUGUGGCUCCAGGACCACAGCAGGGACCACCUACCGCACAAACCAUGGUGAAGCCUUGAGAGGCACAGGGCUGUGCUUUCUUUCUUUUUUGCAUGGGGUGGUGGUGGUGGUGGUGGCAUUAAGACAGGGUUUCUCUGUGUGGCCCUGGCACUCACUCUGUAGACCAGGCUGACCUCGAACUCAGAGCUCCACCUGCCUCUGCCUCCUGAGUGCUGGGAUUAAAGGUGUGUGUCACUGAAUAGGACUGUGCUUUCUACUACAUCUGCCAUCGCAAAGUCUGAGGUGACUUUGAAACAGUCCCUCGGAGGCCCUACAUGCUGAGUCUUGGACAUGAAUGGGAGGUCACACUACUUUUUGGGUCUCAUUUGUUUGUCAAGUAUACAUCAAAUGUGGCUUUACGGAUGUCCUGAGAUGGGAUGACCAUGGUGUGUGACAGGCAGCUGGCUAAGGUGUGGUUUGCAGCCCGAAACAGGGACUCCAGCGACAACCGUGAGUCUUGUUAAAGUGCUCCAAGGCACCAGAGGGUAGGUUCUGAAAGAACAGUGUGGAGGCCCAGAGUACCCAACAAGCUCUGCAGCUAAGGCAGGUUGGCCAGGCACUGGCACCCACAACCCAGAGCACGCUAACCCUACAGGGAAGACAUCUACCUCAUGCUGGCAGGGACCAGAUGGCUGCCCAUCCUGGCUCAGGUCCAUCAGGUAAAGAAAUAGAAGCAUCUCACAUCUAUGUUCUUUAAAAACAUUUAUUGUUGCAACUAAAAUGCAGACCCAUUGGUGACACGGCAAGUUGGAAAGGGUGCAGUCCGACAGUUCUGUGAGGUCACAGAAGACCCUGAGACACCCCCACCGGGGCACGCACCACCCCCACCCACCUGCAAAGGUACUAUACCGGAACGCGCUUUUUGUUGUUGGUUUUUAUUUUUGUAAAAAUGCUUUAUUCCAUGGCCAUUAAAAAACAAAACAAAACAAAACAAGAACGACCUGCUGAGUAAAUAUUGGCUUAAGGCUACAGCAGCCUGCUACCUCCAACACAGGCAAUGGGUGGAGAGCGCCUGUUCUCCAGGACAUCCACUAGAAGGCUACUGUACACACCCCACCACAGACACAGCCCACUGCUGACUGCUCCCAGCCCGGACCGGCUGCGCCACCUCUCCAGGCUCUGUGGGCAAGGCCACCACCAUUCCCACCAGUGGCUCUGUGCUGGCUUCUCUGGGUGAAAGGCAAAAUGUGAAAUGCUGGCAGGAGGCAGUUUGGAGUUCCAGCUGCCUUCGCUUCCUGUUUUAAAAAAGCCACCCAAUGUGGAGGUCUUAAGUUCCUCUCACAGGAAGAGUCAUGAGCACCAUCAUCAGUGUCUACCAGGCUCAAGAGUGGCACACCUCUGGGCAAGGUGACAGGCCAGUGAUGACAGCGGGCUGAUUCCAAGGACUGUUACCCGGGGCUGCCCAGGAGGGUGCUUCCCACAAGCUGCCUUGCUUCCAAUCCUGGCCUGCUCCAGAAGAGCGUGAACUUGGAAUGGAGGGGCAGACUCCAGAGGUGGAAGGCCCUGCUUGCCUAAGUGUCCAGGGAAUGAGAUGUGACCGUGGAAUGUCUGAGGUGUGGUGGGGCUUGGCGGGGCAGGCCAGGGAGCCUAAAGUAUCCUGCCAGAAGUGAGGCAGUAUCUGCACUAGACAGCACUGCUCCCACACAGAGUGGCCGCUGCUCAGCAACAGCCACAUCUGGUCAGAGUAUGCAGAGGUGGCUGGACAUGGGCUGUCAGUGAGUGGGCAUCUAAGUUCCCCAUGUCAAGCGCAUGGCACCACCAGGGCAGGAGACUUCGUGUUUUCUAGCUAACAGGGAAAGCGGAGGCUGGGAACGGGAUGGACAA